AUGGCAACCACUGCCACGCUGAUUUCUUUACGACCUACUGGGAUCCGAGCAUCAGCUUCUUCCGGCCACAGAAAACUUGAAAACAAUCGCCUGAAAGCCUCUUCCGGCAACUGGUGGACCCCUCUCUUUGGCUGGGGCGCCGACCCCGACUACAUUGAUGGCAAAAACAACACCAACAACAGCAACAACGGAGAAAGCAGCAAUCUACAGGGAGGAUCUGAGUCCGAUUACGAGAGGACGGCGCGCUCUAGAUCGCGAUUCGCUCCAGGUUGCUUCACGGAGGAAAAGGCGAAACAGCUUCGGCUGAUGACCAUGGAGACAGAAACCUUCCACGACAUCAUGUACCACUCGGCGAUUGCGUCUCGCCUCGCUUCAGACUUUCCGAAUCGCGCCGACCGGUAG